AUAGAACAGGUGGGCCGUCAAGCCAAUUGUGCCAAUAUAUAGCUGGAAACCACUGAUGUCUGAGUGUCCCUCAGGCUUUUGAGACCAAGAACAGAGUAAAGAGAAGCUCAUCACAAUGGCACCAAAGAAGGCCAAGAAGAAGGAAGCUGCCAGCUCCAACGUGUUCAGCAUGUUCGAGCAGUCGCAGAUCCAGGAGUUUAAAGAGGCUUUCACCAUCAUGGACCAGAACAGAGAUGGCUUUAUUGACAAAAACGACUUGAGGGACACAUUUGCUGCUUUGGGACGUCUCAACGUUGGCAACGAUGAGCUUGAUGAGAUGCUAAAGGAAGCCUCGGGCCCUAUUAACUUCACCGUCUUCCUCACCAUGUUUGGAGAGAAGCUCAAAGGCACAGACCCUGAGGAGACUAUUCUCAAUGCCUUUAAGAUCUUCGACCCAGAGGGCACAGGAAUCCUUAAAGGAGAAGAGAUCAAAUAUCACCUUAUGUCCCAGGCAGACAAAUUCACCGAGGCUGAGGUGAACCAGAUGUUCACAAACUUCCCCUUGGAUGUGGCUGGCAACCUGGACUACAAAAACCUGUGCUACGUCAUCACCCACGGAGAGGAUAAGGAGCAGGAGUAAAAACUACAUUUCCCAUGUUCUUCCAUGUUUGUUCAUGUCCAUUUGUGUGUUGUCUUCUCCUUAAGCUCUGUACCCGCCUUUUGUCAAUAAAGAGAUAAAAACAAAUCAA